CCGCCCCCCCCCGCCCCCCGCCGCCGCCCAUGGCCGACAAGGAGAACUCCGCCUGCGCCGCCGCCCCGCCGCGCCUCACCCGCGCCCAGGCCAAGCGCGCCGCCGCCGUCACCGCCGUCGCCGUCGCCGCCAAGCGCAAGCGCGUGGCCCUCACCGAGCUGCCCACGCUCCCCAACGCCGCGCACGACGACGACGACGACCGCGCCAAGCCCGCCAGGAAGCAGCGCCUCCUCCCCGCCGCCGAGCCCAAGCCCAAGCCCAGGGCCGCGCCCAAGCCGGCGCCCCCCUCCGCCGCCGAUGCCGCCGCCGCCGCGGAUGGCGAGGAGGGGGACCCGCAGCUCUGCGCGCCCUACGCCUCCGACAUCUACUCCUACCUCCGCUCCAUGGAGGCGCAGGCCAGGCGCCGCCCCGCGCAGGACUACAUCGCCGCCGUGCAGGUCGACGUCACGGCCAACAUGCGCUCCAUCCUCGUUGACUGGCUCGUCGAGGUCGCCGAGGAGUACAAGCUCGUCUCCGACACGCUCUACCUCACCGUCUCAUACAUCGACCGCUUCCUCUCCGACAAGGCGCUCAACAGGCAGAGGCUGCAGCUCCUCGGUGUCUCCGCCAUGCUCAUCGCCUCCAAGUAUGAGGAGAUCAGCCCGCCGAAUGUGGAGGACUUCUGUUACAUCACUGACAACACCUACACCAAGCAGGAGGUUGUUAAGAUGGAGAGUGAUAUACUGAAUGUCCUCAAGUUUGAGAUGGGCACUCCUACCACCAAGACGUUCCUGAGGAUGUUCAUCAGAUCUGCCCAAGAAGACAGCAAGAAUAAUCCUAGCCUCUCGUUGGAGUUCCUGGGGAGCUACCUUGCUGAGCUGAGCUUGUUGGACUAUGGCUUGCUUCGCUUCUUGCCAUCACUUGUUGCGGCCUCGGUGGUGUUUGUUGCAAGGCUGACCCUUGAUCCACACACCCAUCCCUGGAGCAAGAAGAUGCAAGCACUGACAGGCUACAAUCCAUCUGAGUUGAAGGACUGUGUUACUGCCAUACAUGAGCUGCAGCUCAACCGGAAAUGUUCAUCUAUGAUGGCGAUCCGGGACAAAUACAAGCAACACAGGUUCAAGGGUGUAUCAGCAUUGCUACCUCCUGUUGAGAUCCCUCCAUCAUACUUCAAGAAACUCAAGGACUAGGUGUUCCUGCAUAAUCUAGUAACGCCAAGCACACUUUGAGCUUUCCUCCACCAAGACGCGCAAUGAUGAGGUCGAGAAGUGACUUGUCAGUCCAGUUGGGGGACUGAGAGGUUCUUGGAUGCUGCGUCUUGGCUCGAGUAGGAGCGUUUGGAGUUAAUUUAGUUGAAGUUGAAGCUCAGUAGGAGGCUAGCCAUGUCAAAUCUUGUACCUGUGUAUUAUAACAAUACAUUACAAUCAAAUGCCUUUAUUGUUGAGGGGCACAAUUCCAAAAUUUUCAUUUAUUGGUCC